CUUCACUGGUUCCACCUACCUCCUUCCUCUUCAUAUAGUCUUUCAGUUUGGUUUUGUGUAUAACAUUCAUAGUAAUAUUUUUUCAGAAAGAAAAUGGCGGAUUCUGCUGUGGCUUUGGAGGAUGUUGCUUCCGUUGAUAUCAUGACUGAGCUACUUCGCCGUUUCAAGUGCUCCUCCAAACCAGACAAACGCCUCAUUCUCAUUGGCCCCCCUGGAUCUGGAAAGGGCACACAGUCGCCUAUGAUUAAGGAUGAUUACUGCUUGUGCCAUUUAGCCACAGGUGAUAUGCUCAGAGCUGCAGUUGCUGCCAAAACACCUCUUGGAAUUAAGGCCAAAGAAGCCAUGGAUAAAGGUGAACUUGUCUCUGAUGAUUUGGUGGUUGGGAUUAUUGAUGAAGCCAUGAAGAAACCCUCUUGCCAAAAAGGUUUCAUUUUAGAUGGUUUUCCGAGGACUGUGGUUCAAGCACAGAAGCUUGAUGAGAUGCUUGGGAAGCAGGGAGCUAAGAUCGACAAGGUGUUGAACUUUGCCAUCGAUGAUUCCAUAUUGGAAGAGAGGAUCACCGGUCGUUGGAUUCAUCCUUCUAGCGGCCGAACCUACCACACCAAAUUUGCACCUCCCAAAGUUCCUGGUCUUGAUGAUGUCACUGGGGAGCCAUUGAUUCAAAGAAAAGAUGACACCCCAGCAGUUCUCAAGUCAAGGCUAGAGGCUUUUCAUCGACAGACUGAGCCGGUAAUCGAUUAUUAUGGUAGCAAAGGUAUUCUUGCCAAUCUUCCUGCGGAGAAACCUCCAAAAGAGGUCACUUCUGAGGUUCAGAAGGUUCUUUCUUCAUAGGACUUGAUCCUACCUCGUUCAUUUAUUUAUUUUUCUCAAAUUUUUGUUAAUCAUUUUGAAUUAAACCGAUACAUUGUCGGCAAACCGUUGUUUACAUUUCAAAAAUGAGUAUUUACUGGUUUUGGGAGCCUUCAAGAGGGUUUUCCCCCCACAAAAUAAUAGUUUACUACAGGUUUUGUAGUGACAUUGAAGUGAUUAAA